GUUCAGUCAAGCUGUGAGCUCCGCGUGUAAUAGUCACCCUAGUGAGAACCAUUAUUACAUUUUUUCACCAAAAACUUGAAGAAAAACCGCGAUUCGCGUAUUUAGCAAUGUUCCCCAAGUGAUAAUAUCUACAGUGCUAAUUCGAAAUGAUUAACGCGUUUAUGGACACUGGCCACCAUCAUUUGGCUUCUUACGGCCUAAAAAUGUCACCAGGACAUAAUGGUGGUGCAGGAAGUCUUCCGUCGCCUCAUCAGAAUCCUGCUGCAGCUAUGACGGCGCCAGAAGUUGGACCAGGUCACCAGAAUCACUUCCAAAGUAACUACGGGCACGUAGGUCACCUCAAUCCCCAUGCUGGUUACGCCGCUAGAGAUUUUUUGUUGCGACGAGAUCAUCAUGAUUUUCCCACAGCUCAAACGGCUCCCAGUGAUCCCGUUCUAUUCCACCAUCACCCCGAAAUGCCUCCCCAUCACAAUCCACAUUUAACUCCUCAUCACCAAAUGUUAUAUUCAAGGACAGAUCACCACGCUGCCUACCAUCCCCAACCGAAUCAUCACCAAUACCUCAAUCCCCAUAUGGGCAUGCCCCAUCAUCCAACAAAUGUACACGGGGCUUUCUUUAGGUAUAUGAGACAACCUAUAAAACAAGAAAUGCAAUGUUUGUGGAUAGAUCCCGAUCAACCGCUACCUAGAAAAACGUGUGGUAAACAUUUUACUAGUAUGCAUGAAAUAGUGUCGCAUUUAACCGUGGAACAUGUCGGGGGACCUGAGUGUACGACUCACGCUUGUUUUUGGCAAAACUGUGCUAGAAAUGGAAGGCCUUUCAAGGCUAAAUAUAAACUGGUGAAUCAUAUUAGGGUCCAUACGGGGGAAAAACCUUUUCCGUGCCCUUUUCCAGGUUGUGGAAAAGUAUUCGCCCGUAGUGAAAAUCUCAAAAUCCAUAAAAGAACUCACACAGGUGAAAAGCCGUUUAAAUGUGAGUUUGAAGGUUGUGAUAGACGUUUUGCUAAUUCAUCAGACAGGAAAAAACAUUCUCAUGUUCAUACAUCAGACAAACCGUAUAAUUGCCGUGUAGCAGGCUGUGAUAAAUCUUAUACUCAUCCCUCAUCAUUAAGGAAACACAUGAAGGUUCAUGGUUGUUCAGGAAGAUCACCCCAUCACUACGAGAGUGACGGUGAAGAAUCAAACUCAUCAUCAGCGGGAAGUAUAUCCGUAGCUGCUUCCCCACACGUUCAAUUACCAUCUCAGGUUCCUGGUACAACAUCAUUAAGUGAUUGGUAUGUCUGCCAGCCCACACCAGCUCCCCCCGAUCCAUUAGGUACUUUAGGACAUUUUGGAAACCUCCAUCAUAGUGGAGUUACUACUGCUUAUUAGUGUUUUAUCGAAUUUUUUUGUUUAUACUUUGGCUAAAGCACUUACGGGUAGGGGUGGUAAAGUGUCGAGUAUGUGAAUGUUUUUUUUUUGAAAUUUCAACAAUAUUUGACAUGAAUUACCGCCUUUUUGUAAAUAUUUUGUAUUACUACGAUAUCGAAGUUGUCCCAAAUAUAUUUUAUAAGAUAUCUUGAAAAUAAAAGGGAAUAAAGAAUUGUAAUUAGUUUUCGUCAUAAAUUCCUAAUUUAAAUUGUGAAAAAAUUUUUGAAAUAGAUUCAGAAAUCAAUUAGAUGAUGCAAUAUAAAAAUUUGAACAACGCUGUUUUCCCUUUCAAAUGUAAACUAAUCAUUACAAAACCAUUAUUAUUGAAACAACUAUAAUACUAUUAGAAAAUUUAGUAGUAUUAUGUAGUGGUAUUAUUAGUUUUUCUACAAAACAAACUCAAUUUGUCUCAAUAAUUUUCUUUCAAAUAAUUAUUUCCUCCUGAAUGUACAUACUAUAUCAUUUGUUCUAUAGAACCUUGGAAAAACUUGUGUGAAUAUUUAUACUACAUAUUUUUUGACAAUUUUCCUCUACGACAUCCUAAAUUCUAAAAUAUAUUAACAAUGUUAUAACAAUAUUUAAAAAUUGGAUUUCCAUUUAUCGACAAUACAAUGGCCUGCAAAGAAAGAAAUAUUUUAAUAUGGUAAAAUUCCUAUGCCUAAAUUUAAACAUGUCGUAACUUGUUGAGACAAGUCUCUAAUUCUAUUAAGAGUACAAUUGCUUUACAACUUUCCUUUAAUCAUUCCAUCUUUGAUUAUUAAUAACGCAGUACAUACAUUCUUAUAUUGUUAAGAUAUUAUUGGAAACAAAAGUUUGAAGCAGCCGUGGUAGUGAAGAAAAAUUGAUGGAGAAGUUACAGUUGAUGGGCGAAACGGCUCAACGUUGUUUAAUUGUCUUAAUACUGGAGAUUUCACGCCUGAAGAUAUUGAGGUUACAAGGGAAGCAGUGGAAAACCAAACUAGUACCAGCACUCGCCGAUUAUCGGCCUGCCUUGGACCUUCUAAAGUUACCUCACAUAUCCAUUUACAAAUAUUAGCUAAGAUGUCGAACGAAUUAGCCAAGUAAAAUAAUCCAAACAUUGAAAAUUGGUGGGUAGACGAUAGACAGAAAACAAUUAUCAAUACAUAUUAUAAAGAUCAAUUCGGGUGAAAAGUCCUUUUGUGUGUCUGAUGGAAUUCUGAAGGUUUAGUGUACUUCGAAAUCAUGGUAUGCGGCAAAUCACCUCUAAGAGAUGGGCUUCACACAAGGUUAUCAAUAUAUGUAAAAAAGUGAAACUCUACUCCACGUUGCUCCAAUGCUUUUGAGAAAGAAAAGGAAAGGAGCGUGGUGAUCGAAAUCAAGUAGACAGAUAUAUGUAGAUUUGUGACUUAGAAGACCUUCAUAAUGCAUUAAAAUGAUUUGGUAGUGUUCAACUAGUUUCUCUCAUAUUUCUCUUAGUAUUCUUUAUAUUAUGGAAAAAAUUUUUAUAAGAAAAUUUAAUGAAUUAUUGAUCUAUUGAAUUAAAAAUAUACAAAAAACGCUGGAAUUAUUUCCUGCGUGUAAGCUCAAAAUGAAGCUAGAACUAUAAAUGUGUUAAAAAGAGUUAGAAUUUUCGUUAUAUUGUGGAUAAGUGACUGUAAACUGUUGUAAAUAUAGAUAUUUAUAUUUCGUGCAAUUUUGUAAAUCCAUUUCCUGUAUUUAUAAAUAUUCGCUUUCAUUUCAAACCGUAAUGCUGUAAAUUUGUAAAAAUUAUCUCUCAACACAAUUUAAAAUAGAAUAUGUUAAAUGUAUAAAGUUUAAAAAUUUAAUUGUAUAUAAUAUUUGGUCAUCAGAGAUCUCUGUAUAUCUAUAUAAUUAUAAAAUUUAUUAAAAUAUAUGAAAUUUCCGACUGA